AUGGCACCCGGACAAGAGCCUCUCCUCGCCAACAGACCCUCAUCACAGAAUUCUCGAGAGCGCGAGGAAGGCCUCGAAGAGGAAGACGCCCUGCUCACGGGGCAACGAACAGGCAAACAACAAGCGUCCGCAACCGCCGAAAAGACUAGGCGAUGGCGCGAGAUUGGACUCUUCGUGUGGGCGCUGGCUGCUACUGCCGUGGUCGUCGUCUUGGCGGUCGUGUGGCAGCACAACCAACAAACAGGCGGAGGGUCAGGCGGCGGGUCGGGGGAUGGCAAGGACGACAAGGGCUUUGGAGGCAAGAAGAAUUUGAUCUUCAUGGUCUCGGAUGGGAUGGGACCGACGAGUCUGUCGCUUACGAGGAGCUGGAGACAGUAUACGGAACAGCUGCCGUUUGACGAGACGUUGAUUCUGGAUGAGCAUUUGAUUGGACAGAGCAGGACGAGGAGUUCGAGUAGUCUGGUCACGGACUCUGCGGCCGGAGCGACGGCCUUCAGUUGUGGGCAGAAGAGCUACAAUGGCGCGAUUUCGGUGCUGCCGAAUUUCGAUCCAUGUGGGAGUGUUAUGGAGGCUGCCAAGAGGAUGGGAUACACAACCGGGUUGGUGGUGACCACGAGGAUCACGGAUGCUACGCCUGCCGUCUUUGCGAGCCAUGUCAGGAGGAGGGAGAUGGAGGACGAGAUUGCGUUGCAGAUGAUUGGAGAGACACACCCGCUGGGCAGGAUGGUGGACCUGAUGAUGGGUGGUGGCAGAGCUCACUUCCUGCCCAACACCACGAAUGGAGGCUCCAGGACCGACGGAAAGGAUCUGACCAAGCUUGCGGCGGAGAAGCAUGACUGGAACUACAUCGACAACAAGAAGUCGUUUGACAAUCUGGGGACGUCGGCGGAGUUGCCGUUGCUUGCCCUCUUCGCGCCAGGUGAUAUUCCAUACGAGAUUGAUCGUAGGAAUGAGACCCAUAUCUACCCAUCUCUCGAGCAAAUGACGAGGACCGCUCUGAGUGCCCUGAGCGCAGCGACCAAGAACAAGGAUAAGGGGUUCUUCGUCAUGAUCGAGGGCUCGCGGAUUGACCACGCCGGACAUGCCAACGAUCCAGCUGCGCAAGUGCAUGAGGUCUUGGCUUACGACCGGGCCAUGUCGGCCGUCUUCGACUUCAUCCAGGACUCUGAGACUCCCACGCUGAUGGUCAGCACUUCAGACCACGAGACGGGAGGCCUCGCUACUGCGCGCCAGCUGCACCAGUCAUAUCCUGACUACCUCUGGUAUCCGGGCGUGCUAGCGAACGUCACACACUCUGCCAGCCACACUGCGCGAGAGUACAACUACCACCUUCAGAGUCUCGCCAAGGAGCGAGCUGACUCCGUCGGCGCGAAUGGCGAGAACCUCAACGGCUACCUCAAAAUGCUCCUCAAGAACUCUCUCGGCAUUCAUGAUCCGACGCUCGACGAAAUGGAAGCCCUCGUUACAAAGCCCGAGCGCUCCGCCUACACUUUCGCCGACAUGGUCUCCCGCCGCGCCCAAACAGGCUGGAGCACUCACGGCCACUCCGGCGCCGAUGUGAACAUCUACACCUCCGACCCGGCAGCGGCCUCUGCCCUGCGCGGCAACCACGAAAACACCGAAGUCGGCGAAUUCCUACGCUCCUACCUCGGCCUCGACGACGAAGUCGAAAAAGUCAGCGAAAAGCUCCGCAAGCACAUGAAAACGGUCGAAGGCGGGCAGGAAUUCUGGCUCGGGAGUAUCCCGGAAGCCGACGAGAGACUGGACGGACAGGACCAUUUGGAUCAUUAUCACGGCGAUCAUAAGACGAAACGGUGCGAGGUUUGCGGCAUCUAG